AGAGAGAGAGAGAGAGAGAGCGCGCGCUGGAGGGGGGGCGGGGUAGAGUCGCGCGCGUGGAUCUCUCCGUCGCAGUCCUCCGCGAGGAUGUAUCCAACAGCAAGACUCCUGCCGCGCGCGCGCUGCCGUCAAUGUAACGGAAUCACAUGUGCCCCUGUGAUCUAACGGCGGUUCUGAUCUGUUUCUCUGGGUUCGGAUGGUCCGCGCGCUCCAUACACAAUUCAACCGGGAAAUCAACGCACACCAGCCAUGGCGCUGGUCAUGGAACCCAUCAGCAAAUGGUCCCCAAAGCAGGUGCUGGACUGGAUGAAAGGGUUGGAUGACUGUUUGCUGCAGUAUAUGAGGACAUUUGAGAGAGAGCAGAUAAACGGAGAGCAGCUGCUUCACAUCACCCAUCAGGAGCUGGAAGAGCUCGGCGUGACCCGCAUCGGACACCAGGAGCUCAUUCUGGAGGCUGUGGACUUACUCUGCGCACUGAACUAUGGUCUAGAGACAGAGAAUUUGCGGACUUUGUCACACAAACUCAAUGCAUCCGCUAAGAAUCUGCAGAACUUCAUCACGGGGCGGCGCCGUGGGGGCCAUUAUGACGGACGAGUCUCACGGCGUCUUCCAAACGAUUUCCUGACUUCAGUCGUUGACCUGAUCGGAGCUGCUAAAAAUCUACUGGCAUGGCUGGACAGGUCUCCAUUUGUCAGUGUUUCUGAAUACUCAGUGCUGAAGAACAACAUUGUUCAGCUCUGUCUAGAGCUAACCACUAUAGUACAACAGGAUUGCACAGUGUAUGAAACUGAAAAUAAGAUUCUGCAUGUGUGUAAGACUCUAUCAGGUAUCUGUGAGCACAUUAUUUCAUUGUCGUCCGAUUCGUUGGUGUCACAGUCUGCUCACCUUGAGGUUGUCCAUCUGACUAACGUUAUGCCUAGCGAGGGCCUGGGCAUGUACAUCAAGUCCACAUAUGAUGGUCUUCAUGUUAUCACUGGAACUACAGAGAAUUCUCCCGCAGAUCAGUGUAAGAAGAUCCAUGCCGGUGAUGAGGUCAUUCAGGUCAAUCACCAAACAGUGGUUGGCUGGCAGUUGAAGAAUUUGGUCAACUGUCUACGUGAGGAUCCAAGUGGAGUCAUCCUCACGCUGAAGAAGAGGCCACAGAACACUCUGGGCUCCACCCCUGCACUCCUGAAGAACGCCCGCUGGAAACCACUUGCCCUGCAGCCGCUGUCCACCAGUCCGUGCAGUGGUUCUCCUACACCACCGAGCACGCUUGGGUCAGUUGGACUUUCACCUGGAGUGGACACACCUGGGGGACAUGAUGUUUUUAUUCUUUCCCCUGUCUACGGACACAGAGAGGAGGAUCUGGAUCGGGGUGGGUUUGGUGUGUUUGGCUCCGAUUCUCCAGGGUAUUAUGUAGAACAGGAGGUACUGGGGGGCCAGUACUUCCCCCUCCUGGAAGAGGAUUCUGGGAGAAAUACCGGACUGCGACGCAGAGACCGGACCCCAACUCACAGUGAACUCCGACAGGUUACCAUGGGAACUGAAUGGCUGGCAGAGCCUCAAGAAUCUGGAGUUUACAAAAGAGGAAGCAGAGAUUCUGAUUCCUCCCUCUUGCGGUUCCUCAGUGAUGACAGGAUUGUGUUGAUUCAGGAAGAGGCAGAGUUUUCCCAACGGGACACAAGCAGGAGAUCCAGGAAGAAGAGCCGGAAUCCCAGCAGUCCCAGUUUCCCCAUCAGUCCCUCUAUGCUUGCCCCACCUGUGCGUCUGGACACAGGCCCCCCCGAGGGGCUGCCCUUCCCCGUGCCCGACUCAAACACGAUGCCACACUACCAUAGAACGGCAGACACACUUCGAGCAGAUGCUGAUAGAUAUGCCAGUUCAGGACUUGACCGACAAGCAGGGGCAUCAAUGAGGAAGUCUGUACAUUAUGCCUCUCUGAGGACCAAGCCCAAGAAGAAAAGCAAAGGUUCCCUCAGUAGUGCCAGCAGAAGGCGUAUUGCCUGCAAAGAUCUGGGUCAUGGCGACUGUGAAGGCUGGCUAUGGAAAAAGAAAGACGCCACCGGCUACUUCACGCAAAAAUGGAAGAAGUAUUGGUUCGUUCUCAAAGACUCCAACCUGUACUGGUACACCAACCAGAAUGAUGAGAAAGCAGAGGGCUUCAUCUGUUUACCAGAGUUUCGGAUAGACAGAGCGAUUGAGUGCAGGAGGAAACAUGCCUUUAAAGCAUGUCAUCCCAAAAUUAAGAGUUUCUUUUUUGCCACUGAUCAUUUAGAGGAGAUGAACAGGUGGAUGAAUCGUUUAGGCUUGGCUGCGAUUGGCUACACGCCUGAUGAUCCAGUACCACGUCCUGAUGAAGAUUACUGGAGUGAGAGUGACCAAGAUGAGGUUGAUGGGUCUAUGACACUCAAACAGGAAUCCACGUACCACCACAACCCGUCUGGAACUUCAUCCAGUCCAUUUCCUGAGCGUCAUUUUUCCAGCGGCUCCACAUUCUCGCAUUCCUCUGCCGAGGAGUCCCAUUCUUCUUGCCGAUCCUCCCAUCGAGAACGCCGCUCAUGGCAGGACCUGAUUGAAACCCCCUUGACCAGCACAGGUCUACACUACCUGCAGACUGCAGAAGAGGAGGUGCCAUCCCUGCUGUCACCUGACCAGCACCGGCAGGCUACGCUUCCCGCCCAGCGCCGGCGUCCUCUGGAACGCGAUGGGCCAUUUCCAUUGACGGACAGCGAGGAGUCCCGGCCCCGCCAUCACACUCACAAGCAGCGCAGCCAGAGCCUCCCACGCCACCGCGACACACACGGAGGACACUCGCACCGCAGCGCUCGUACGCACACUCACGCACACACGCACGGCACUCUGAGGCCAAGAACUCAUCUCCAUGAGGAAGAGGAGGAGGAAGAGGAGGAAAAGCAGAUGAGGAAAGCCAGCAGCAGGAGGCCUGAGAGCGAAGAGAAAGUGUCUGACGGCACGGACGGCCUGCAGGAGUUGUACCGAUCGCUGGAGCAGGCCAGUCUCUCGGCUUUCGGCCAGCAGAGGCCUUCCACCAAACAAGAGUUCAGACGCUCCUUCAUCAAACGUUGCAAUGACCCCGCCACCAAUGAUCGACUGCACCGCAUACGGGUUCUCCGCUCCACGCUGAAGGCAAAGGAGGGCGACUUGGCGAUAAUCAGUCAGGUACUAGACGAUCCUUGUUUGACCUCGAGGAAGUUUCGUGAAUGGAAGCAACGUAACCACGAGCUCUUCCUGGAUAUCUGUGAGUUCAGCUCUGCUCCAUUGGAACCGCCCAGCGAUUCCAACGACCUUUCACCUCUCUCGCCAACGUUGAUGAUGCACACUCACUCUUUCAUAGAAACGCACGUGUGAAAGUCACUGUCACGCACCCGCACGACAAACAAACAGUCACAUGCUGAAAAUACAGACAUAAAGGUAUAUGAAUAGCCUGAGUGGUGUGUUUCAAACCCACACACACACAGACACACACUUUGAAAAACACUGUGGAUCCAGACUGUCUUCACUUUUUCCUUGACGGAUGACCUGAUACUGCCCUCCUCCCGAGCGUGAGUGACACCAGAUUGAACCAAUACACUGUAAGAUCAAUGUCAAAGAAGUGACCCAGCCUCCAGAACUACGGCAGACACACACGCAGGCACUGAC